AUGGAUCUUCAAACACUCGAAAAUGUUGAGUACCUUGAUCUUUCCAACACUAAUCUAUCAGUGGUCGCUAGAAGCAAUGUCAACAAUACUCUUCCCAACCUAAGGAAUAUCUAUCUCUUAUCUUGCAACAUCAAGGUGUUUCCCAAUUUCUUAAGAGCCUUAGAGAAUCUUGAAAAGCUAGAUCUUUUUGACAGCAGAAUUCAAUUCGUGGACAGAUUCCAAAGUGGGUUGGGUUCAUCAGGAAGGGUUCUUGUCAUGCGAUCCAACCGAUUUCAUGGUCCCAUAAACACUAUGAUGAGUGAAUUUUCUUUUCCUAGGGUUCUAAUUCUUGACCUUUCUGGCAAUGGGUUCAUAGGCCAUUUGCCAGGGAGUGACAACAAAGGGGAGAGAGAUUGUAUUCUCGAGAAUUUUGACUAUCUUAAAAACAAUCGACCUUUCGUCCAACAAUUUUUGUUGACAGAUUCAAAUGCACAAAUUCCGAAUGCCGUUGAGAAGCUCGAUCCCCUUGUGGGUUUGCAAUUUGAUACAUUUGACAAUAGUUCAUAUACUGGGAACGUAGGAUUAUGUGGGUUGCCAUUGUCGAAGAAAUGUGAAGAUAAUCGAACGAAAGUACAGCCACCAGUGUUACAAGGGGAAGAUGAUUCAGAUUUUGAUGGAUUUACUUGGAAAAUUGUGGUGAUAGGUUUUGUGGAUUUUACUUUUGAUAAACAAGUUUUGGGGCGGAGAUGGAGGGUACUAAUAAUUCACCAUCAACAAUCAGCUCUAGACCUGUCAUGGACUGAAUUACAAGGGAACUUGCCUGAAAGCGUUUACCACCUUCCAAACUUGCAGAGGCUUUUAUUAAGAGGCAACAUUGAUCUUGAUAUCAAUUUGCCGGAAUCAUUUUGGCGUAGCGGUAGUUCUCUAAGGGAGUUAGAUCUUUCUUCUACGAAUUUGUCUGGAGAACUGCCUGAUUCAAUUGGCCAUCUCAAGUCUUUGAACUCCUUGACCAUCAGCAACUGCAAAUUACGAGGUUCCAUUCCUAAAUCUCUAGGGAACCUUAUUCAGAUCCAUAAAGUAGAUUUAUCGGUGAAUGAUUUAAAUGGUGAAGUCCCAUAUACUCUUUCAAAUCUUAAGCAACUCACUGAGUUGAAACUUUCCGUCAACAACCUUAAAGGCAGAUUUCCACUCUGGGUUGCAAAUUUGAAACAACUUGUUACUCUACAUUAUCAUAUAAUCAGCUCGAAGGUCCGAUCCCCUCCAAUUUAA